AUGCUUUCUCUACUAUUAAUUACACUAAGUAGAUCGGCUGUUAUAGGUAUUGACAUUGGAUCUGAGACUAUAAAGGCCGGAAUCUUCAGAAAGAAGAUUGUUGAAGUGAUUUUAAAUGAACAAUCGAAAAGAUUAACAGACGCUUUAGUUGCAUUCGAUACAAACAAGUCAAUAGAACUAGAAAACAUUAAAGAUAUUGAUCGUAGAAUCGGAUACUCAGCAAAUGCAAUUUUAAUGAAAAAUCAAUCUGCUGUUUUCAGAGGAUUUACAGAAAUCCUUGGAAAAACAGAAGAUGAUGAAAUUAAUGCACAUCUAGACAGAAGAAUGUAUGGAAUAAAUAUGAAAAAUGGAACAAUAAACGGAAUCGAUCCAUUAAUACCUUUGGCAAUGCUUUUCGAGCGUAUUAUUAAAAACGCAGAAGUUCAGUUCGGAAAAGAUGACUAUUCUAAUGUUGUUAUUGCAGUUCCUCCAUUUUUCACUGAAGUUCAGAAAAUGAAAGUUAUUGAAGCUGCUGAAAUCGUGAAUCUUAAUGUUCUAAGAAUAAUAGAUGCAAAGACAGUAGCUGCUUAUACGUAUGCUCAUGAAAAAUUGAGCUUUUUCGUAAGAGAACCGAAAUCAGUUGCUUUCAUUGAUUUUGGAGUCUCAAAAAUUACAAUUUCCGGAUAUAAAUUCUCAGCAACAUAUGAAAACAGGCGUGGAGUCAAUCCUCGUCCUCAACCAAAAGUUGAAGAACUAUUUUUCACUUGGGAUGAUACAAUUGGUGGUAUAGACUUCGAUGUUCUAAUUGCUAAAGAUAUACAGCAGAAAUAUCAACUUCCGACCGUAGAUUACAAAUUACUUCUUGAUGCAAAGAAAAUUAAGCAUUCUUUGACAUUAAAUGACAAAGCAAAUGAAACAAUCGAUGCUUUGAACCGUAAAAUUGUAUAUACAAGGGAAGAAUUCUAUAAUUCUUGCAAAGAAAUUUUUGAUAAACUAGAAAAUUUGGCAAAAUCAGUCAAUAUGACAUUUGAUAACAUCGAAUUCCUUGGUGGAGCAUCGCGUGUCCUCAAGGUACAAGAAAUUUUCGAGAAAUACCUUGGAAAUAUUACAAAAUAUUUAAAUAACGACGAAGCUGUACUUUACGGGGCCACCUUGUAUGGGGCAAUACUUAAAGAUCUCCAAAGAAGCGAAAUCACCCUUACUCCACUUAAUAACUUGGCUGUAAACGUAAGUUUCGGAGAUGAAUCAAAAAUGAUGAUACAAAAUAACGUUCUAACGGCCAAAACAAAGACCGCUAGAUUUGACAAUACCAACAAAAGCAUUCCUGAGAUCGUUGUCUAUUACGGAGACAGAUUUCCGAUUGGAUGUACAAAUAUAAUCGGAAAGUGGUCAAUUAAAAUUAUGAAAGAUGGUGGCAGGUUAUCAUUCAUCUUCAGUGUAACUCAAAAUGGUAUUUUGCAGCUUUCCAAAGCCCAACUUUUCCACAAAUCAGAAUCCGGUAGCCAGCAGAUCGUCGAAGUUGACUACAACGAGCAGAGAAGGCCAUAUUAUAUAUCCAAGGAAGACAGGGAUGGCUACAAACUGAUCCUUUCCAAGUUUUCAGAAAAUGACAGAAGAUUAUACAAAAUUAACGAAGCGAAGAACGAAUUCGAUGCUGUCCUAUUCGCCCUGAAGAACAACAUGUCUGACAAAGUCUUCCUUUCUGUCAUAAAUCCUCUAGAAAUGGACACAAUCCGUCAAAAAAUUAACGAUACAAUUAAGUGGUCGGAAGAAAACAAAGAAUUCGAAGAUGAAAAGGAACUGAUUGCCCAAAAGAACAAAGUUAUAAAAUACAUGAGUAGUAUUGUCAACAGAGCAACAGAGAAGAAAGGAAGAGGCCCAGCAAUUCAAGAACUCGACUAUUUGUUGAAUGACAUGCAAGAAGCUGUUUUAGAUCGAUGGAAGAAACAGAAGUUGCAUGUCCCGAAGGCACAAAAGAAAGCCAUUCUAACACACAUCAAACAGACAAGAGAGUGGCUCACGAGAAUGAUGAACGAACAAGAAGAACUCGAGGAAUACGAUGAACCAAUUUUGACUUGUAAAAUGAUAGAGUUGAGAGUGAAGAAACUCAGCAGCGCGUACAAGGAAUUGGAAGAGGCCGUGCUGACAAAUAAGAUAAAGAGUUAUAGAGAUGAAGAUGAUGAGGAUAUCUUCGGUGCUGAUUUGUAG